AGUUUAAAGUCAUUGCGUUGGGCGGGAAGACAAUAAAAGUGCGUUCAGUUUCAUGAUACGCAUAAUGCAUCACAUAUCCUUGUUUAACACUAGUUAAACAACAAAGAUAAAUGAUGCAUUGCACGCAUUAUACGUGAAACGGAACGCACCCUAGGUUUUGUGAACCCCGAUUCAAAUGGAUAACUUCAGAUUGCAAGAAACGGCGAUUAACUUCAAGACGAUCGCUCAGCCAUUUUAGAAUUUCACAUUCUAUUACGACGUUUUUUUGCGUACAUCGAGAGAGAAAGAGAGAGAGGUCCGUAGUGCCGAUACAUGCCUUGAAACCUAUCGAAAACGACUUCUCAGGUUACCCUUUUUGUUUAGCGGCUAAGAGAGUGGGAUCUUGUGUCUCGUCGACAGCUUCAGUCACUUCAGUUGCACACGGACGAAAGCAGACUUGUGUGACUUAUCACUGUGACGCCUGGAUGAAUUUUUGUCACCGGUAAAUCACUCUGCGAAUAAAACCGCAAGGAUAAAGUUUAUGACAUACUGUGACUCUGAAGCUUGACUUCUUCUCAUUGGCGAAUUUCCGACGAAGGCUUUUAAUUGGCAAUUUUGCAGUUUCUUGAAAGGUUUAUAUACAUCGCAGCAGAGUAUGCGGACACAGAGAUAUGAUGAUAGGAAGAAGAUGAAGAAUGAUGAUGUAUAUUUAUCUUCUAGGAAGUCUUUCAAAACCCUUAUAAUGGAAGAUGUAAAUAUCUCUAAAGAGGAAGCUAUUACAAAUCAAGCAUUCUAUAAUGUGCAGCUUAUUCGGAAUUUGCCUAAUAUUUUAAGAAGUAAUAAUACAAAAAUAUCUAAAAAUCGUAAAUUGUUGAGUAACAUUGAUACAUCUUUCACAUCUUAUGUGGAAGACGAAAAUAAUUCUUUGGAAUUAAAUACGACAUCAUCCAGUAAUGAUUUAGAUAGUGAAGCCAAUUAUAAUAAAACUUUAUCACCGAAGUUACACCAUCAAAGGAAACAAGUGCAUAAUCCGUUGGACAUUCAAUAUGAUAUUUCUGAUUGCAACAAUAAUAAAAAUAAAAAUCUACCACAAACAGUUAAUCAAUUGAACACAUUACUUGUGUCACAAAGUCACGAGAAAAACAUACUGAAGAAAUUAAAAUGUAAAAAAAAGCAGAAGAAGCGUUUACGUGAUAAAAAAUUGAAGAAAACAGCAGCUCGUAAAUCCGGCAGUAGUACGCAAAUAUCAUAUGAAAAGCCAGACGUUUCGACUAUUAUUCCAGAUAUUAAUAUGAAGAGUACUAUAUUAGUGCAAAACGCUAAUAAUUUUUUAGAGAAUGAUAUACUUAUUCAGCCCGUUUACGAUCCUAAUUUUUUAACAAUAAAUGUAAAUGAUUUAAAUAAUAUUGCAACAAACCCGAUUGAGCCGUCUAAUACUUUUUGCUGUAACAACGAGGUUUACAAUGUCAAGAAAUGUGAUGUAAAUCUUAAUGAUGUUAUUUCUUGCAAGCAAACAGAGCUUAACACAACACAGUACGAAAGUAUCCAAAGAGAUCCUACAAAUUACGGAUUGCCAAUAACAGAGAAUAAUUUGCAACAAAAACCGAUAGACAGAUACAUUGGCUCUAAUGUAUUUGAACCUAAAAUGUAUUCUUGUUCCUGUGCAAAUUGUAUGUCACAUGACAAAGAUAUGGUAUUUUAUGAAGAUCCAGUUUCAACCUUCACAAACAAUGAAGACAUGGAAACAGGACUUUACACAUGUGAUUUGUAUACAAAUAUAUAUGAUUUUUAUAUGGAUUAUUUUCAUAUAUUUGGUGAUACUUUAAUAGACUUUGAAGAGACCGAUCUUUAUUAUGAACAGUUUGGCGAUAACAAUAUUACGAAAGAGAAUACUAGUUGUAAUAAUACAGAGCUAGUUAAAAGCAACGUAAAUGUGUCAUCCGUAGAUCAAAAUAAAUCACAAAAUUUACAAUCUUACAUUGAUGAAAUACCAGAUAUUUGUGUAGAAUCAUAUCCUACCAAACUUCCUACAUAUCUCAAUGGAACAGAAGAAAUGAAAAAUGUAAGAGUUUUCAAUGAAACCGAUGUCUCCAAUUAUUUAAAUUUGGAAAACUUUUCAAUGAAGGAAGGUAAAAUAAUUUCUCAAGAUGAAACGCUACUUCAGAAUGCUGUCCCGACUAAUAUUUUCGACUCUGAAUGUCUAUAUCAGACACCGAAAAAUGAUAAAGAUUUAUGUGUUAUCCAGUGUUCUCAAUGUGGAAAACUAUUUAAUAAAAAACCUCAGUUAUGGAAACAUUUUACUCGCUGUAACUUUUACAAGGAAAAUUUUCAAUGUCAUAUUUGCAAUAAAAAUUACAGACAUAAAUCGUCAUUAGCUCAACAUUUACGGAUAGUACAUGAAGUAUCACACAAUGGUAGUGGUACACACCACGAGAAGUUCUAUACCUGUAACAAGUGUCCAAAAUCAUAUGUUAGAUUUCGCUCUUUUCAAAGACACAUGCUUCUUCAUCAUGAUUAGUAAGUCCAAUGUGGUUUCUGAUGUAAUGUUUUUGAGCUGAGAUUGCAAUUAUUAAAUUGCAAAAAUCGUACAUGAACAUCACAGAAGUACGCACAAAAGUACAACUUAUUGACUGUUCAUUCGAUAUGCAUUUAAGACUUAAAUUAAUAAGUAAUUCCAGAUUUUAUGAAUAAUUUUCUAUUUUUAUAAGUCAAUUCUUAAUUUUUUGUUUUUUUAUUGUUAUUUUUGUUAUUAUUUAGAAAUGUUCCUCUUUGGUUAGAUUUUCCUAUUAGUGUUUUCUAUUAGAAUUUUUUUUAGUUUAGUGUACUACAACGUACCUUAUUACUACUGUAUUUCUGUGUAAUACAUCACAGAUUCUUCACUUUAAAUUGAGAUUUAUAAGUACGUAAAUGAUAAACUUUAUCAUAAUUCUAUGUUAACUUUAUUCCAAUAAAAUAUUUAUUUAGUGAUUAAAAAAGAUAUUUAAUAAAAAGUAAAAAAAAUUUUUAUCAGAGAAAGCAUAGAUAAAAAAUUUGUAUAAUUGACUUCAAAUUUUUUUAAAGAAUAUAUGAAUGGAAAUACAGUGGUAAUCAAUACUAAUCACACAAACUUUUAAUUUAUAUUUAUUUUUAUAUAAAAGAAUUUAAAGCAUAUAAGUUAAUAUAAGUGGGCAACUAAUAUUAAUGUAUUUUACUAAUAUUUGACUAAUAUUUUGUUCCUUUUAUGUCUUCUUUUUAUUUCUUGAAAUAUAUUGCCAAAGAUUGGAAAUCUUGUAAAACUGGUCUUUUGUUUUAAGGAUGAGAAAAAGUCAUAAUUAUAAAUUCGAAGUACUUAACAUUUUAUUUUGGGGUUAUGUAUGUUUAGUUACUAUAAUGGCACAUUAUAACUAUUAGUAUAUAUAAAAAGUGUGAUUUUUAUAAUUUUUACAUAUUCUAACGAAGUAUUAUAAUUUGAUAUUUGUGAGCAUUUAUUAGUAUAUUAUUAAUUAUUAUUAGUAUAUUAAUUAGUAUUAUUAAUUAUUAUUAGUAUAUUAGUAUAUUAUUGUCAAACAUAUUUAUUUAGCCAAUAAAUAUCUACUACUGUAAUAAGUUCACGUCACUUCGAAGAGUUAAAGCAAUAAUAAUUGUGAGAACAUGAUGUUGAUGAUUCUAUACAACAUCCUAUGUGACUGAACUUAAAAAUAAAAUCUGUUAUAAUAAAAAGAAAGAAAACGUCGCAAUA